AUGGACGAUACUUCCAUAGGUAAUAGUCAAAACAAGGAAGAGACGAAUGGCAGGCCUACCGGUAUUGCUAAAGCCACCGUCAAAGAUUCCAAUGCCACUGAUGAACCAGUUGGUAUGGUUGGCAAAAUACUUGUCCUAGAAGAGCAAGACCGAAGGGAACGGGAGAGAGCUGCUGAUGUUCAACCACAACCGGCACAAUGUGGGUCAGUGCACACGACCAUAGAAGGUCCUAACUCCAGUCUUUAUGAUUCGGAAAGCCACAAUGCCAUGGGCAUGGUUGGAAAGAGGCUCAUUCUAGCACAAGAAGAAGCUGAUGCAGCUAAUGCAGCUGCCAUAGUUACUAGCACUGUGGAUAGAGCAAGAGCAAGAGCAAUUGCCCCUGCAGGUGCCGGUGCCAGUGCAGCUUCUGUCCUACAGGUCUCUGGUACCAACCAAAAUACAAGGAGAGCUAUUGAUGUCUCCCCUGCAAAGAACUCACAGAUAACUCCAACGGAACCCCCUCAACUUACGAGACAGGAUAAUGUGCAACAACAGGUUCUGCCAGGAGCAGUGGCGGUACCAGGGGUUGGAGAAAGGCAAUUUGGAUCCUCGACAGGAAACAACAUUUCAGAUCCGGAAGAGCAGGAUUUUGUUCGUGACAACCAUCAUGAUGACAAUCACAAUUUGGGCCUGGUAGAAGCAGAGACAGUGGACGACCUGGAACUGCCCAACGCCAUAGCUGUUCCUGCCAUUGACAGCACCAGCACCAGACGGUCCAUUACUCAGAAGUAUCAAUUUCGAUUUGCAGCUUUUGCAAUCACUCUAUUGCUCAUUGGAGGGAUCAUUAUCGGCUCCAUUUGUGGGGCUGGAUUGUGUAAGGCUGAUGAUUCUAUUCAGCCUGCAAUGACAGAAAGGGACAUGCUUCAGGCUCCCAAGAUCAAAGCAGUCCUAGCUGAAAUAUUGGGAGAUGGCUACUUUGAUCGGGCAGAGGAAUCUGGAGAUGAUUUGGAUGUUGACCUUUCCCAAUUCUUGAUGGAAACCAGGCUGAAGGCAUUUGACUGGAUUGUCAAUCACGACCCAAUGCAGUUGGAGUAUGAUGCUCCCAACUUGGUUCAGCGGUUUGUUCUCGUGCUCUUCUACUAUCAGACCACAAGGCACAAGCCGUGGAAAGAGUGCAACCCAGUAGCAACCAACCAAAAAAGCUCAACAACCAAUUUCUGCUACCAAAUACAUUCUGUAACUGGUGACAUUACAGUAAGAAUCUGGGGCGAUCAGUGGCUCUCUGACAGUCACGAAUGCAAGUGGGCUGGAAUUAGCUGUGAUGAAACUGUGCAAUCAGAGGAGAGGACAGUUGAUGAGCUACGCCUGGAUUGGAAUCAUCUCAAUGGCCCUCUUCCCUGGGAGAUCACAAGAUUGCCGCUGCUGAGAUCUCUAUGGCUGCACAACAACAUGCUCACUGGAAAACUGCCAACAGGACUUUUUUUCAAAAAAGCUGGUGCUGCCCUGGAAACUCUUCUUUUGUCCUCGAAUCAAAUUUCCAGCACUAUUCCUGCAGAAUGGGUGGCAAACCUUCUUGAAGGAAACGGAAAACUUGUCGGUCUAUAUCUGCGUCGCAACACAUUGACCGGGAAAAUUCCAUCAGAGUUGGGUCUACUCUCUUUGAAAAACCUCAUACUCACAAGCAACACUCUGACAGGUCCCAUUCCACAAGAACUAUUCAAACAAAGUUCGCUACAAGGGCUCAAUUUGGGAAAAAAUGAUCUCACUGGGACUUUGCCAAGUGAAGUUGGACUGCUCACCAAUUUGCAAUACCUGUAUUUGAAUUACAAUAAUAUUUUGGGUUCCUUGCCCUCAGAGAUUGGUCUGUCAAACCAGCUUGAGGAACUCAUUCUCUCUAACACCAACAUUCAAGGGACAAUCCCUGAAGAACUCUUCACAGGAGGACUUAAAAAUCUUGGGUAUUUGUACUUGGAUGGGUGCAACUUUACUGGGACCAUCAGCCAAUCACUUGGCCUUUUGACAAAUCUCAAAAAGCUGCGUGUCUCCGACAACCACUUCCAUGGCACUAUUCCCAAUGAAGUCGAGGCAUUGCCACUUCUAACUGAACUUCUGGUGAAUGGGAAUGAUCUGUCUGGCACAGUUCCAGUCUCUUUCUGUCAGAAUCUUUAUGCUGGGGAAAUAGGUUCCAAGGUUGUGGCUGACUGUUUGCCCAAUGCAGUAACCGGAGUUCCUGGCAUCCAGUGUGCUUCUGAUUGCUGCACCAGUUGUUGUGAUGAAACAGGAGUUUGCCUUUCCACUUGAUUACUCUCAAGAUUAAGGGUUGUCCAAAUUCUUGUUCUUGUCUGUAGCAGCUAAGCAUCAUGUUCUAUUAACCUACCUUUUCUGGCCUGUUGCAGGGCCGUGGCAGUCAAUAAGGCCAGGGACCACAGGGAAUAGUCUUCAGCGUUGUGUCUAGAGUAUUUUACUCAUUUACUAUUCGUUUUAUACGAGGUUGUGUUGGUGUCAGAUGGGUCGUGAUUAAUGUAUUGCGUGGUGCGAAAGCGCACAGGCUAUAUAGAGGCUAUAUUUCGCAGCGCACAAGUCAUUGUGAAUCGAGUUGAUGUAUGCAACCCGUGGAUCAGAAAGAUUCGAAAUCACACAUCUGUAGGCGAUCGAGUGGAGCCACAAGCGUCGAUCGGGGUUCUGCUGAUGGCGUCAACUCGUCGUGUGUUGUCCCUUGCCUCCACGGUUUUGUCCCCGCAACCCAUGCCUUGGACCAAGCCUGUGGGCCUGACGGUUCUAGCUAGCUAGCCCAGUGAUGUUAGAAAGUAGAACUUUGAGGAUCACAGCCAACUAGCCAGGGAUGCUGAUUCGCAAUGUGACCAGACGACCUCUCGGGUGGGAAUUUUGAUUGGGUUGGAUUUUACCGACAACAGCAAGAUCUCGAGUCGACGGUGUUAUGUGCAACUGGAACAGGAAUCCGUGGAGAUCAAAGUCUUUGCGCAAGACUUGGAGUACUUUUAUAAUUGUCGAUACGUCCCUCUUCAGACGGAUGCGGUCUGGUCUAUAUUGGCCCCUUGGCUGGGUCUUUUCGGGACGAUGUGGAUGAUCAAGAUAGACCGCCAAUCUUUAAGAUUGGGCAACGUGUGACCAUUCUACGGGCAAACCAGUCGCAGUCGGUGGUGUUUCAUGGAUAUCCUCGAAUCAACGGAGCAGCCGGAUCCUCAUCGAUUGAAUGGUAUUUGUCGACCCAAGUCGUCGGCCUUGCGCAAUUCCAUUGUGGACAUUGAUUUGUGCAUGUAUUCGCAACGAGAUUCCACUAGUGUUGCAUCCUCUAUGUUUCGCGAGGACGAGGACGAUUUGCUGGACUUCUGAUGAAUAAAGGAGUAACCAAUGCGUGCAAGUCGCAGCAAGUAGCCCUUGGACAACCGAAACUCUGUGCCCCUCGAAUCGAAUCGAAUCGAAUCGAAUCGACCUCACGUCACGUCCAGACGUCCACACGCGUGAUUUCCUUUAUUGCGAUUGCUAGCUAUAGUGAUGGCUGCCUCAAGCCAUGCACCUUGUGUUGGUCAGAGUCUUCGGAAUGGAUUCGUGCCACAGCUGACUCUUUAACUCAGGAGCAUGCAAUUGCAGGGCCUUGCCGAACCAACUGCUUCCAAGACUAAAAUUAAUGAUAAGGACAAGAACAUCCGAAGGUACAGCGUAGUCAGCCAUGCAUUGCUUCGUUUGUGGCAAAUCCUAUAGAUAGGUAGGUUGUAAGAUGUAGCUUGGACAGUACCGGUACUAUGCAUACUUAGUUCCCCUAUAGAUACAAUAACCUCAAGCAGUGUGAAUGGGAGGAACCUCCACUAACACUCGUUUGCAAUUACACCUUACAACAAACAAACAGCUCCAUGCAUUGCUUGGGCAAGCGGUUGUACGGUAUCCAUCUCAAACCGUUCUAGCUCAUUUGUUGCCGUUCAUGUAGCCUCGGACUUGCCAGUGUCGUCGGGCACUUCAAUAAUGCCCAAGGCCAAAGCUUCUCUGAGGACUGUUAGAGACGGUCUGACACCGGUAGUCUUGGCCUCGUCAAUGAUGGAUUGAACUUCUGUUUUGCGUCGUGUCAAGUCGUGUUCAUCGAGCACCCCUGCUCCUUCUUGAGCUUGCACCAAUACUAGUACAGCAGGGUCUUCCUCGUCACUAAAUAUUUCUGCAGUAUUCCCGUGGUGAUCGUCAGUGCCCCCUGGAGCUUGUUCCCGUGAAUUGGUGUCUCCUUCCUCUUCAUAUUCAUAUUCUUCCCCCCCAAAAGCUUCUUCCCCUUUGGUGUUGUCGUCGUCUGACAUUCUAGCAGCCUCCGCUGCAUCAUAAUCGAAGGACACUUGUGCUUGCGACUGUUGUGACUGUUGUUGUGAUUCGUUGAUGAUGGUUGGUGUCCGAAAAGCUGUACUGAGCCGAGUGGAUAUGAACCGAGAGGAUUUCAACCGUGACCAGGGUGAUCUGGUGGUGCUGACACCCCGAUCCCAGUUUCGUCGAGUAUUGUUUCCUUGUGGCCAGAUGGUAUACAUGAAUGUCUGGCAACACGACCAAUCAUGCUUAUGAUCCGCUCGAUUCUUGAAAAAGGGCAGUGCAAAGUAGGCAAUCGAACUCCAAAUCCCGUACGUGGGUAGGAGCAACAAAUUCAAGUAGAAGAAGGGAUCUUGAUCGGCGACCAAAUCGUUUUCCUUGUCACGCCCCGCCAGGAUUUCGUCUCUGACGGCGGUGAAUAGGGCAAAGAACCAUGUGAUUUCAAAGCUGAGGACGUAGAGGGUACAGCGCAAUGCCACCCGUCGUGAUUGUGUCCGAUUGCGUCCACCGGAAUAUCUAUCACCGGCCCGUUCCGCGGAAUAGACGGUCCAAUAGACCAUGAUCAUGGCCAAUGCCACAAUGAUUUGUGUGAUGAACAAGGGUAAAUAUCCCGUAUAGAAGCGUAAGGUCCUCCAAUUGGCCCCACGAUCACAGGACACGGUAGGAUGUUCGGAACAUCCCAAGGGACUCUCAGCGACCCAACAUAACCAUCCCCCCGUAGCAUUGUAGGCUUGAUACGGCAAUGGUAAUAUGGCCGCAAAUAAGCCCAAGAAAAGGGGGAUGGCAUGCAAACAUAACUCAUAGUUUUUGAGGUACUCUUCGCCUUGUCUGAAUUUGACCAAUACCAAAUAGACCACAGCCAAUUCUGCAUUGUACAUCCAACUGGACUUGGAACUGAAAUUAUCCAAAAAGCCCUGAGCCGUACAGGUAGCCUGCGUCCCCGCCGCCCCAUAAAUCUCCACCAUAUUGCCAUUGGCAUCGACGACAUUGGGUGGGACCAUCCAAGUGGAUAAGAAGGGAGUCACAAAGGUAUAAAGCGCAUCACUGAUGGCGACACCCAACAGGAUACGAUUGCUCACUUUUUGGAUUUGUCCAGGUGUCCGAGUGACAUGAUUGAUCAGUAAUGCCGAGCACACCAGUGAUAUACUACCGGUGACUUUGGGAGAAAGGGCAAUCAGCUUGGCAAAGUCGGAUCCCGAGCUCAUGCUAAUGAUUGCAAUGAUUGAUAUAUAUAUUAGUAUUAGUAUACCCCCUUCUUUACAGCUAUAUCUAUAGAUAAGAAAGAAUACAGGUACUGCACCAGUAUACUAGUAACAUUAAUGA